UUUUCUCCUAAAAAAAUUUCUGUACGACAGGUUUACUCGUAUCUGUCUUUCUCUUUCCCUCUCUUGCAAAAAGGAAAAUAAGGGCAUUACUUCUCUUUCAUAAUUUUUAGGGUUUUUCUUUGUUAUCACCAAUUUUUCUCUCUCUACAAAGGAGUCCCUAAUUUUCUACUGCUCCAAACAAUCUCAGUGCUCUUUUCUCUGGUAAGCCCCUUCGUUAUAAAUUCCCAUAACUGAAAGGGUUUGCUGCAGGCUAUGUAAAAGCUUGUUAAUCAGCAAGAUGAGCGAUGACGCUUUUGAUGGACAGAUUCUAACUGAGCAACUGUCAAAACUCAACAAUUCACAACAAAGCAUUGAAUCAUUGUCUCGAUGGUGUAUUACUCACCGGAAGAAGGCAAAACAGAUUGUUGAAACAUGGGACAAAUUGUUUAACUCUUCCCAGAAAGAACAGCGUGUUUCUUUUUUGUAUUUGGCUAAUGACAUUUUGCAAAAUAGCCGGCGAAAGGGAAGUGAGUUUGUGAAUGAAUUCUGGAAAGUUCUUCCUUCAGCUCUCAAACAUGUAUAUGAAAAUGGUGAUGAGUAUGGAAAGAAAGCGGUAACCAGACUGGUUGGCAUAUGGGAAGAAAGAAAAGUUUUUGGUUCUCGAGGGCAGAAUCUUAAAGAUGAAAUGCUUGGUAAGAAUCCCCCUCCUCCUCCUCCGUCAGUGAAUAAUGGAAAAAGCUCAAAUCCUAUCAGGAUAGUAAAGAGGGAUGCAUAUGCAGUGAGAAUUAAAUUGGCUGUUGGAGGUCUUCCAGAAAAGAUUCUAAGUGCAUAUCAAUCUGUACUCGAGGACAAUCCAAAUGAGGAUACUGCUUUAAACAAGUGUAAUGCUGCUGUACAACAUUUGAGUAAAAUUGAGGAAGAUGUUGAAUGUAGUUUAGCUCAAGGGAAUCAGAAUGGAUCUGCCUUGCUGGAUGAGCUACAGCAGAAAGAAAACACGCUCCAGCAAUGCAUUGAACAACUUGAAAAUAUUAAAAAGACCAGGGCUGCCUUAAUUUUUCAACUUAAAGAAGCACUUCAGGAACAAGAAUCAAAGCUGGAGCUUAUUCAUGGUCAGCUGCAAGUUGCCCAAGGUCAGAUUGAGCAAGCAGGCAAUGUAAGGAGGAGGCUAACUUUACCCCCCGGACCUGGCCCUCUAACUGCUACAAGUAUCCCAACAGCGGAGGUUUCAGUAGUGGGUGAACAGAGCCUUCUGUCAGCUCAGCGAACUGGCACUCCACCUCAACCUCACCUUCCACAACCUGUGAUUUCCUUUGCACCUUCAAAAACAACUGAAGAAGAUAAAAAGAAGGCAGCAGCUGCUGCUGUCGCUGCUAAGCUUGCUGCUUCAACAUCUUCUGCUCAGAUGCUGACCUCUGUACUUUCGUCCCUUGUUGCAGAAGAAGCUGCCUCUAUGAGUGGUAGCUUAAAAUCAAGUGGGUUCACAUCAGGAUUAUCAAUGUUUCCUCCAGAGAAGCGUCCCAAACUUGAGAAACCAAUGCCUGUAUCUGAUGCAAGCAGCUCAGAUGUCACCGGCACAGCUUAUUUUACCCCAUUUCAGCAGCAGGCAAUGAACAACAUGCCACUUGCACCAUCGACUAAUAUGCAACUGGUGUCCCAAGGCAACCAGAUUCAAGCUUCCUUCGCUUCUGCUCCUCCUCCCCCAUCCCAUCCACCUUUGUCUCCUGCAAAUCCACCUGCUAGUCAAUAUGUGCAGUCAACUGGUAUGAUGGUAGGGGUAAUGCCUUAUGGUUAUGGAACAAACACGCUGCCACCGCCACCUCCUCUUCCCCCACAUAUAACAAUGAGUUUAGCCAGGCCUGCUUCCCAGCCUCUACAGCUGCCCCAGUCUCAGUCUUUGCAGCAGCCACAAUCUCAGGCUCAGCAACAGCCAGCCACUGGAGGAUUUUACCGGCCACCAGGUAUCGGGUUUUAUGGGCAAAACCCUCAGUCAACACCACCUGUACCUAGGCAGUGAUGUUCCAUUGAAAAAUCAUGUCAUACUACAGGUACAGGGCAAUGCAAAGGAUAUCUGGUAUUGGAUUUUAGGGCAAACCCAUGGACCGAUACCACAGUACAUCAAUCAGGAAGGCUCAGAGUGGCCAUCCCAAUGUAUAAUGUAUAUUAGCAGAGAACUUUUAGGCAUAUGUUUAAAUCCGAGCAUGACCGUGGCCUCAUCAUCCUCUCCCAUAACCCAUUUGCCCUGCCGAGUUCCAUGGAACAUCGCGACCCCCUUUACCCAGUUGUUCUAAAAUGUCCCAUUGGGUAACCUGCUACUCUCUUUUUUCGGUGCUACUACAUGAUAGCUCAGUCAUGACCUGUAUGUUGAUGUACUAAACUAGCUAGGAACUGCCAUGGUCUAAGACAAGACUCGUAAGGGGGCAGUGGAAUCAUAAAAAACUCUUUUUUGCUAGUUUUAUGUAACUACAAGAAGUUCGAGGGAGGUUUAAACUUUGUUCCCAUUGAAAUUCACUUUUAAACUUUUGCUUCCCCUAAGUUCCGAUUAAAUCUCACCCUAAUAAUAAAUAUGACUAGGGCUAAUCUUGUAACACUAUAUGGUAGGGAUUUAUUUAUGUUCAA